AUGUCGAGCUUAGAGGUCAACAAGCUUUUCGACGUGCGCGGUAAAGUCGUGCUGGUGACAGGUGGUAGUAGGGGUAUUGGCAAAAUGAUUGCUAGUGGUUUCGUGAGGAAUGGAGCGAGGGUCUACAUAAGUUCUCGGUCUGCAAAGGAUUGUGAAGAGACUGCGAAAGAGUUAACAGAGAUGGGUCCCGGAAAAUGCUUCUCCAUUCCCGCGGACAUGCAGAAGCUUUCGGAAGUCGACAGAUUGGUCAAAGAGCUCAAUAGUAAAGAAUCAAAGCUACACGUCCUUGUGAACAAUGCUGGUGCUACUUGGGGAGAGACUUUCGAAGAUUACCCGGAUUCUGCGUUCACAAAGGUUUUGACGCUCAAUUUGCAACGCGUCUUUAACCUGACGCAAAAGUGUCUUCCUUUGCUUCGUGCAGCUGCCGACGAAGGUAGAGAUGGUGACUCAUGGAAAGAUCCUGCUCGAAUAAUCAAUAUUGGAAGUGUAGAAGCCCUUGAGGUGCCGAGCCAUGAAACCUAUGCUUACUCCGCCUCAAAGGCGGGAUUGCACCACUUGAGUAAAGCCUUUGCUGGCCGACUCGGGUUCCAAGGUAUUACCAGCAAUACGAUUGCAUGUGGACCAUUCGAGAGCAAAAUGAUGGCGCAGACCCUCCGGACAUUGGGCGACCACAUUGUUAGAGGAAUUCCUUUAUCCCGGAUUGGCUCUCCCGAGGACGUAGUUGGGACUUUGCUCUUCCUGUCCGGACGCGCAGGAGCGUAUGUGAAUGGAGCAACAAUUGCUCUUGACGGUGGAGGUUUGGUUUCGUCUGUCAAGAGUAAAUUAUAAACUGCUCGAGGGAUAUUAUCUCAAAUCUUCUCGAAGCGGGUUACUUCG